AACCGCAGAAUUAGCUCAUGCUCUUCAUGUGGAUCAAGCUCUACUUAUCUAGUAGUCCAUCACAAAGUGUUCUUCUUCCAUCGAGAGUGUAGUUUGCAGAUGGGCAAUCAUCGAUUUAGGUUAUCUGACAUGAUGCCUGGCUCCUGGUUCUACAAGCUCAAGGAUAUAGGCAGAUCAACCAGACGCCAGAGCAUCCACAACACCAUGAAGCGAAGUCAUCCUCAUACAUCUUCGCCACCCAGAGAACUGGCUCAACUCCCUCGAAGAUCCUCCUACUACGUCUCGACCAGAGAAAGAACAGAGGGGUUUCCUCGUUCUCCUGUCAACCACAAGGCCUCAGACACUCAUUUCCCCGCAUUAUCUCCGAGAAAGACCAGAGCAAACAUCCAAAGGAAGGCUACAGAGUCUGAAAGCCCAUCGUAUCGUGACUACGUUGAUCGAUGCCAUGAAAAUUCCUCCACGGAUGACAACACCAUGGGCACCAUGAGUGGAGACUUGGAAGUACUGUCGGAGCUUAAACUACCACCAAUUCUGACGAAACCGAUAAAGGAUGUCCAUGACGAUGACGCACCGGACAAGACUUGCGUUCUUCGGGAGCACAGGAAGCGGAUUGGAAGGAGACCAGAGGUCAGAGCUUAUCGCACUCCACGCCUCGCCGGUCUCCAGGCUUACAGGAACCGUAAGUCAUCAGUGCAACAGAGCAAGGCAUUACUGGGGAGCUUGGUGGUGGUGAAGUCGUCCUCGGAUCCGCAAAGGGAUUUCAGGGAGUCGAUGGUGGAAAUGAUCAUCGGAAACAACAUUCGAUCGCCGAAGGAAAUGGAGGAGCUGCUAGCGUGCUACUUAUCGUUGAAUUCGUGGAAGUAUCACAGUCUCAUUGUCAAGGAGUUCCAACAAAUCUGGCUCGAAUUCAGCUCCACUUAGAUUGUGACGAAAUGUCUAGCGUGUUGUAGAAACUGAUAUUUGCAAGAGAAGCCGCGUGAUGUAAAGAACGGUAGAAUGUCCAGUGUAACUACGCUACACUGGUGAUCUUGUGCUUCUCUGUUUUCGUGUAUAGGUUCGAUUUCUUUUGCAAUCUGAUUCGUA